AUGGCGACAGAUGCAACUGCCCAACAAAUGGCCGAUUCUAACGGCCAAGCAAUAAUCACGUCGGCAGAACGCCAUGGAUAUAUCCAACAACUUUCUGCUGCAUGGAACCUAGAUGUAGCCAAACGAAUUGAAGACGUCGCGUAUAGAAAAUCCAGUGGUAUCAAGAAUCUCUAUACGAAAUAUAUUGCUGCUUACCAUCAACAAUUCAAACAAGCAGCCCGCCAACAUCAUUCAAAUCUUCAACAAGCAUCAAAUAAUCCCAACGGACAAUUUUUAAAUCAACAACAACAACAACAACAGCAGCAACAACAACAACAACAGCAGCAACAACAACAACAACAGCAGCAGCAACAACAACAGCAGCAGCAGCAGCAGCAGCAGCAACAACAACAACAACAACAACAACAACAACAACAACAACAACAACAACAACAACAACAACAACAACAGCAGCAGCAGCUGAGCAAUUCUCAGCAACAAUUGAACAAUCCUCUGCAACAAUCAAUGUCAAUGCUUACCCAGCCACAAGUGAACCAAAUUCGCAACCAAUCGUCGCGGUUUCCUCCACCUACCUCUCAACAGCCACAACCGCAACCAACACUAACACGUAUGGCUAAUCCUCAAGCAACUCUAAUUAACAACCAAUCAGGUAUUCCCAGCCAAAUUAUACGAUUGCGUGAACCACAAAAGUUCAACCAAACACCUAUGAAUACAAUAUCGUAUACACCAUCAACAGCGUCCAUGGAUUUAACACAGAAUUAUUCGAAUCAACAACAACCGAUUGCUGCACCGACAUUAAAUGAUUAUCUAUCUCAACCGCCGAUGAUACCAAAUCGAUAUCCAAACCAACUAUCUAUGAAUUCUCGGCCACGUUUGCCAACGAAUUUAAAUGGGAGUUUUCCUCCGCAAUCAUCGUCAACGAAUUCUAAUGAUAUCCUGCAUCAUUUCGUUGUUGGAAAUCCAUCAAAUAAUCCGAUGGGAUCAUCAGCACCAACAGCAUCGACAAUGGUGUCAACACCAGCACCGGUCGUAAAUCCAUCUUCAAGUGGUGACAGAUUAUUGCAAAAGAUUCUGACGUCGAACAAUGAUUCAGCAGCAAAUAAUAUGGUUCUAACAAAUCGUUCAAAUGCACCACCAGCUAUGCCGCUUCCAGGUCGCUCAGCACUCUCAACGAACAGUACUCUUUCAACCAGUGUAAAUUCUCUUCGAUCUACUUUAUUGUCGUCAGCGUCAUCAGUAUCAGCAGUACCAGCGCCGGCGACAACAGCAGCAACAGCAGCAUCGUUACAACCACAAUCUUCACCUUCACCCGGUAUUAUUGUUAUGCCCACAUCAAAUGUUCAAGUUCAGCCGUCACCAAACAUUAGUGUGCAACAAAGCCCAUUGAAUACUAAUCCUGGCUCAUUCUCAUUAAACAGCCAAACUCCUUCGUCACUAUCCAUGAAUAACUCCACGCCAUUAGCAAAUAAUUACUCAUCACCAAUUAAUCGUUCUGUACCAGUAGCAGGAAGUGGUAGUAUAUCAAGUCCAGAUGAAGAUACAAUAAAUCUAAUAAAAUAUUUUAAAGACAAUGUUACUAAACUACAAUCGCUUUGUCAAAAAUUUGCUAGUGAUGGUAACCAGGAAAGAGCCCGAAAUGUCCAAGUCAUUCACCAACAAAUGCUUCAAUUUAUUAACAAUCCGACUUACGAAAGUUUGCCAAAUGCUAAACACAUUCGUGAAAUGCUUGAACGAGCUUCAAAUCGAUCUCAAUCAUCAUCAAAUACAUCGACUACUAUCUCUGCUCCAGUUGUUCCUCCUCAACAGAUCAACAAUAUGAGCCAGUUUGAAAAAGCAAUGAUCGACUUUAUAUCACGUGAUCACAAACGACGACUCUUUCUCAGCAACGUCUUCAUCGAACCGUUAAAUGACGUUAUCAAUGGUGUUCCUCAUAAAAAAAUCCGACUGAAUAGUGAUUCAACACCUAACAAUCGAUUGUCUGAACGAACAAGUUCAACACAUCAAUCUUCGUUGAUAUUGCAUCUGAAUAGUGAACUUAGUUUGUUACCUGCAAAUCUUUUUUCUAUUGAACGUUUACCGGUACCACAUACGAUAAGAUCCAUGGAAAACGAUGACGAAUAUACUAGUAGUAAAGGACUAAUUCUGCGUUGUAAAUUGCUGGAAGCAGACAAUCCCUUGAUACCAUCAUUACGUUUACGAGUUUCAGCAAGAUAUCCUAAUGAACAACCGGAAGUUUUAUCCUUAACAGAAACACGGCCGCCAAAACUGGAAUUUACAGAUGGUCAUCCAUAUUUUGAACAAAUCUCGACUUUAUUUGUAUCAUAUCUUUUCAAAUUACCAUCGAAGCAUACGGUUACCGAUAUUCUCAAUGUCUGGCGUCAAUCCGUCCAAGCAGCUUUGUGA